GAACUGCCGUAAACUAUGUGUCUACAAAAGAAACUUGACUGUCGGCCGCCGCGGUCGGACGAUGAUGAACGUUCUCCAGCCGGAUCGUAUGUCUGUGGGGCCGCAGGGGCUGGCCGGCGGCGGCGGCGGCGGCCCGCUCGGCCCGGCCGGCCCGCCGCCGCUGCCGACUUUUCCGCAGCGCUCGCCGUUCGCCAUCCAGGAGCUGCUGGGGCUGAACCAGGACCAGCGGUCGCCGGUGUCGAUGGCGGCCAGCCUGCCGCCCCCGACGGUGCCCUACAGCCGGCCGCACUUCAUGUCACAGCCGAGUUUCGACCAGCUCAACUCGAUGGCUACGUCCCGCAUGUAUCAGGCGGCGGCGGCGGCGGCCGCUGGCUUCCUGCCCUCAGUCAGCAUGGCUGCCGGGGUGCCCGGUGGCCAUGCGCCCACAUUUGGCGGCUUCGACCCGCUGCGGUCCAUGGAACAGCACACCGCGCAAGGUCUGCAGAAUCAAAACGAGAUGCUGGACAAAGUCUUUGAUCAGGGAGGCCCACUGAAUAAGAAGAAGAAGAAGAAGCGGAGGCACAGGACCAUCUUCACCAGUUUUCAGGUGGAGGAGCUGGAAAAAGCAUUCAAGGAGGCGCACUAUCCCGACGUCUACGCCCGGGAGAUGCUCUCACUGAAGACAGACCUGCCUGAGGAUCGGAUACAGGUGUGGUUCCAGAACCGGCGCGCCAAGUGGCGGAAGACGGAGAAGACGUGGGGUCGCUCCACCAUCAUGGCCGAGUACGGUCUGUACGGCGCCAUGGUGCGUCACUCGCUGCCGCUGCCGGAGACCAUCGUCAAGUCGGUCAGCGAGGACAAGGACUGCCCGGCGCCCUGGCUGCUCGGUAUGCACCGCAAGUCUCUGGAGGCGGCUGAACAGCUGAAAGAUGUCACAGAGGACGAGAACAGUAGCCAGAACGACAGUGGCGAUGAACAGGCCCGCGUUCAGCCGCAGCCGCCACAGCCGCCCCAGCAGCCGCAGCAGCAGCAGCCGGGACAGCAGGCGGCUCAGCAGGGGCAGCAGUCUGUCCAGCAGCCGGCCCAGCCUCAGCAGGGCGCUCAGCAGCCGCAGCAGCUGGCGGCGAUGCAGCAGGAGGGGUCCCAGCCGGAGGAUUUCCGGAGCAGCAGCAUCGCUGCGCUGCGAGCCCGCGCACAGGAGCACAGCGCCCGCAUCCUGAACGACGCGGCCCAGAUGACCUCUGCCAUUCUGCAGCGGGGUGCUGCUGACAGCCAGCAGAUGCAGCAGCGGCAGCAGCAGCAACAGCAGCAGCAGAUGCACCAGCAGUCUCAGCCGCACCAGCAGCACCACCAGCAACACCAGCACCAGCCGCAGUCGCGGGCUGGUGACGUGUGCCUGUUCUAGAGAGUGACUUCCGGACAUUGACCGGUGUAGACACACACACUCGCCGAUAGGUGAGCUGACCUAAAGCGAUGCUGGGGCCAUACCGACCCGGACCGCUGGUCAUAGCGAGACUGAGGUGCUGAGACCGAGGCAAUCGGUACAUUCCAGAUCCACUAGAUACGUAAGCGAGCAAGGGCCGUCCAAGGUGGUGACCUGAGCGACUGGCAAGGGAACGCUACUUGUAAAUGGAUUGCAGAGGCAUAUUGCAGAAAAUGGGGGACCUUGAGUGCGAGCACUGACCGUUCGUAGAUGUCCACAAUAAUGGUCAUCACACCGCAUUUAUUGCUGACCAUGAUCAGAAUUCUGACAUCGGCGAGAUGCCAGGUAAAGUCACGAAAACCGACUAAUUUUCUGCUGAGUUUUCAGAUCUCGGUAAUGACUUGACCGAUUAAGGUACACCUCGCCGAGACAUGGUCGAUGUGAUGCUGCCUCGCUGUAAAAUACGAUUUAAAACCGCGACAUUUUGUGAGCUUUAAGCAGGCUAUUGCCAUGGUAACUGGUCUGGGCUACCAUCUAAAGGCCACCGCCUGCCACCCGCUGAAAGGGACACCGAUUUGUGACUGGCUGACUGAAAAUAUUCCAGCCGUAGCCACCCGUUUAGCCGCGUACCUAGGAGCUAGAUGUCCAGAUGGGUGUGUCCGUACGUUGUGUGGUCGUAUUGCCACAGCGGCGAGCUCUACAGAAGAGCGCGGGGUUCCUGGAGAGUCGGUGUAGCCGGCGCCACCGCCGCAGCAGGACGCUCCCAGGCACAGUGCGACCGCCAUCGUUUGUGUGUGUGUCUGUACGCUCGCGAGGGUGUCUCAAACGUGUGAUAUGUGCGCCUGCACCGUGUCUCACCAAGCCGGCGGAUGUUUCCCAGCUAACGGCAUGGCGAUGCGCUCGCCUGUGAGAACUAUUAUAGCUGGGCCGUGAAUCCCUGCGGCCCUUGAUAAUGUAUCGAUUAACAGGUUGCACAAUCUGAAGUGAUAACCAAGGCAAAGGAAGUAAUGUCAAUUCUAUAGUGUUUGCUCUGUUCUCUUCUUGCUAAUGUGUGUAUAAAAAAAGUAAUUUGCUGGAUUGCUUUUUGCCGGCUUUUGGCGUAAUUUGAAGCGAUUCGAAGGCAAAGUGUAAUUGUGUAAAAGUGUUAUUUCGUUUAUUAAGUGUUUGCUGCAUUUUUAGGCGGUCAAGACGGGAGCGUCUGAGAUAAUUCAAACGUUCGCUACUUUUAUGUGUCCGACACCACUGAUUCUGUUGUUGUGUAGGUACUUCGCAUACCCGGCGCCUCUGCCAUUUGGAUGGUGCGGAGACAAUGUGCGUCAUUUUUAACACGUAGAUCCUGCGAUCGUAGCACCAAGCGAGCUUCGCACUGUCGGCUGACCUGUGGCACGAUAAACCGCGAGAUGUGUAUGUGGCGGUGCCGUGUACAGCGCGUAACCCAUCACUAACCGAACACUGGGCAGAUGGGCAGGGUACUGAGGCCGGCGCGGCGAGGAGAGAGGCUGGGAGAAUUUGCCGAGCAGGCGAGAGAAGUCCGCCACAGUGAGUGGCUAGCGGAUAUGAUAAAUGUUUUGUUCGUUGUUAUUCAAAUGGUUUCACCGUACUGUAGUGGCAAUACAUGUGUGAAGACUA